AUGCGUCUCAACAGCUCGGCUCCCGGUCCCUGGGUCGGCCUGACCGGCGACCCGUUCACGCAGCCGCCGUCGGUGCUGGAGGGGGCGCUCCUGGCUCCCGGCCUGGGCAAUGGCUCUGGCAACCUGUCGGAGCCCGUACCAGCGGCGCCCAGCAGCGACCUGGAUGUGAACACGGACAUUUACUCCAAGGUGCUGGUGACCAUCGUGUACCUGGCGCUCUUCGUGGUGGGCACGGUGGGCAACUCCGUGACUGCGUUCACGCUGGCGCGCAAGAAGUCGCUGCAGAACCUGCAGAGCACGGUGCACUACCACCUGGGCAGCCUGGCACUGUCCGACCUGCUCAUCCUGCUGCUGGCCAUGCCUGUGGAGUUGUACAACUUCAUCUGGGUGCACCAUCCCUGGGCCUUCGGUGACGCCGUGUGCCGCGGCUACUACUUCCUACACGACGCCUGCACCUAUGCCACGGCCCUCAACGUGGCCAGCCUGAGCGUGGAACGCUACCUGGCCAUCUGCCACCCCUUCAAGGCCAAGACACUCAUGUCCCGCAGCCGCACCAAGAAGUUCAUCAGCGCCGUCUGGCUGGCCUCCGGCCUUCUGGCCGUGCCUAUGCUCUUCACCAUGGGCCAGCAGAACCGCAGCGCCGACGGCCAGCACCCCGGCGGCCUGGUGUGCACACCCAUUGUGGGCACCGCCACAGUCAAGGCCGUCAUCCAGAUCAACACCUUCAUGUCCUUCGUGUUCCCCAUGGUUCUCAUCUCCAUCCUGAACACCAUCAUCGCCAACAAGCUGACCGUAAUGGUCCGCCAAGCCGCUGAGCCGGGCCAGGUGUGCACCGUCGGGGACCAGCACAGCUCCUUCAACAUGUCCAUCGAGCCCGGCCGGGUCCAGGCCCUGCGCCACGGAGUCCGGGUCUUACGGGCCGUGGUCAUCGCCUUCGUGGUCUGCUGGCUGCCCUACCACGUGCGACGCCUCAUGUUCUGCUACAUUUCGGACAAACAGUGGACCCCGUUCCUCUAUGACUUCUACCACUACUUCUACAUGCUGACCAACGCCCUCUUCUACGUCAGCUCCACCAUCAACCCUAUCCUCUACAACCUUGUCUCCGCCAACUUUCGCCAGAUCUUCCUGUCCACCCUGGUCUGUCUCUGUCCCCUGGCGGGGCGCAGGAAGAGGGGGCCAGCCUUCUCGAGGAAGGCCAACAGCGUGUCCAGCAACCACACCUUCUCCAGCAACGUCACUCGGGAGACAUUGUAUUAG